AAGGCGAGCCAGCCAGCCCAGCGCAGCCCCGGCCGCAGCUUUGCCCGCGGAAGGCCGGCCGUGGCGAGGGGCGCGCCUCCUGCCUCGGGGGCAGAGCCGAGCGCUACGAUCGGUCCCGCCCGGUGGGUGGUCGCAGCCCCCAGAGCAGCGGGGAUGCCCUCCGGCCCAGCCCCGCCAUGCGCCGAAACCGAGCCCAGCCCCGCCGCCCUCUGAGCCGCUGGCCGGGCCGGGAUCGAGGGGAAGCGGGGAAGGAGCGGGCGGACCGCUCGGCCGAGGAGCCGCCGCCGGAGAAAGUUGCAGCUGGGAGUGAAACAAUGCGGGACGCCUGCCAGGCAAAUGCCCCUUAAACUGGCUUUGCUCCUGGCCAGGGCGCGCCGACCUCUCGCCGCUGCCGCCAACCCGCAGGAGCGCCGAGGGCCACCCGCUCCCCAGGCGAAGGACCCAGCCGGGGUCUUUGGGGGGCCUGCCCUGUGCUCAGAUCAGCCCGGGGCGCAGACUCCGGCCCUCUGCUUCUUCGCCCUUGCCUCGGGUGCAGCCAUGGCCUGGGGGUGGUAGCCCCCCCUCUGUUGCCUGGAGAGUCGCCGAGACCCCCGCCCGGUCAGGAUCAUGAGCGUGGGGAAGAAGAAGAGCGGGUUCCAGAUUACCAGCGUCACCUCUGACUACGAGAAGGAGGGUCUGUCCCGAGGAGACGCCAAGAGCCCCUCGGAGGAGCCCAACCCUGUGGAAAAUGGCAGUCACCAUCUCAAUGGUGGUGUGGGGCCAAAAAACGGGCCCUCGGCUCCUGGCUCCCCGGGUUCAGCUCCCUUGCACCCGGGCUCCAUCGGCAGUGUGGCCGGUUCUCGCUUUCGUGUGGUCAAACUGGACCAUGGCUUGGGAGAGCCAUACAAACGUGGGCGCUGGACUUGCCGAGACUUCUACGAACAGGAGAUGGACCACCACCUGGUGGGGCGGCUGGCAGACUCUGCCCGGCAGCCUCAGUCCCUGGACUCGCGGCUGGAAGUGGCUGGCCUCCUGGCGAAGCCCUCCUCGCCCUUCAGCCCUCAGAUGCCACGGCGGGGAGGGCCUUGCCUGCAAUCCCUCCUGGUCCUCCCAGUGCCCGCGGCCUCAGCCCACCAGGCCCGCUCUCUAGGGGGUGGCCUGCCUGUUCUCCGCCCCGGUAGGACCCCCCCCAGCCCGGCAUCUCUCCACAGCACCCGAGUUGUGGCAGAGAAGCGGCCCCUGGCUCCAGAGGAAGGUGCCCAAGAGCCUGGAGACCCUCCCCAGCCUGGCACCAUCCCGGUGGUGAGAGUGGAGGAGCACCUGCUGCCCAAAAGUGUCACCCAGCUCAUCCCAAGGGAGACGGAAGAGCGGCACAAGAUUUUGCCCAGAGAGACCCGCUCGCGCCCAUCUUCCCCGGCUCCCCUGCUCUUCCGCGAUGCAAGCCCCCACCGGAGAACCUCGGACCCCUUUGGCGUGGCCCGCUUCAACCUGGCCCGGUCGGUGUUUGGCAUGGGAACCUCCCACGACAGCGACGAUGACAGCGGAACCAAUAGCAGCAUGAUCGCCAUCGACAACAAGAUUGAACAAGCCAUGGACCUGGUCAAGAGCCACUUGAUGUUCGCCGUGCGGGAAGAGGUGGAAGUCUUGAGGGAGCAGAUCAAAGACCUGUCCGAGCGCAACGCUGCAUUGGAACAGGAGAACAGCCUCCUGCGCUCCCUGGCCAACACGGAGCAGACCAGCCACUUUCAGGCUCAGCGCCACGAAAACAAGCCAUCAUCCAGCGGCUCCGCAUGACCCUGGACAGAUGGACGGACGGACGGACGGAGAGAGAGCUGCUGCUGCUGACACUAAGGAGUGCCUGAUGAGAGCUCUGGAGCUCGCCAAUGCAGUCCCGCUGAUGUGAACUUGCCUCUUUGGGGUGGGGUGGGGGUCGUGCACACCUGUGCGUGUGCGUUUGUGAAACCAGCCUUUGGGGUGGGGUUGGGGAACUGGGCUACUAACACACAUGUGCCUUCCGGGGGUGCAAUUUUACCCCCAGCUCUGAAAGGAGCAGGAUAUAUUUCCUAGCAGGGAGGAGAGAUCCAGAGGGAGAAACCCAGCCUCGGAUUGGGGGAUCCCUCCCUCGCAGGGAUUGCCCUCCCCUAACCUGGGGGGAGACUGCUGCACUUACCCCCCUCGAGACUGAAGUAGGAGGGGGCUUUUUUUAAGGUACUACGGACCUGGUUGGAAAUUGGGGUGCAGAACUGAGGUUGGGGUGUGGAGAGCUGGCAAUACUUUUAUAUCCAGGGCACUUUUGCAGUAUUUCAGGUUAUUAAAGUCCCUAGCUGUUAAAAGUC